UUCGGUACGCGACCGUCGUCGCGCGCGAACGUGUUACGCUGUCGUUUUCUAAAUGUUUUCAAUCGAUUUACGAAUAAUAAUCGAAGUUUCGGCCGUGAUUAUAUAUUAUAAUUUAUUUAUUUAUAAAAUAAUUGAUUAUAUAUUAAUUAAUCUAUUGGACGUCGGACGUUUGUUGAGUAUGGAUGGUGAUGAUGAUACUUGAUAUGGCUUAAUUUUUUUUUUUUUAAAUUUUAUUAUUUAUUCAAUCUGUGAUACUAGUGUUGUUAAUAUAUAUUACGUUUUACGAUAAAUGAAAAUGGCCGAAAGAAGCGGAGUUAUUACAAUUCAUCGUCCAUAGAUUUAUGCCUAGACCUGCAAAAGGUUCCGUCCAGCCUACGAAUAACAUAAACAUUCUCUAACCGCUCCGGAAUCUUUCGGGGCACAAAUUUCAAAAUACCUAAGACCCUUUGAUCUAUAUGUCCGGGCCUAUCAAUAAUACAAAAAAAAAACAAAGAUCCACAAUCGCUAACAAAUGUUUCAAACAUGCCUCCAAUCCUGAAUACAUAAGAAUGUUGUAAUCGAUCCUUGACGUGAGCUGCGUAUGCGCAGAUGCGACUGCACCGUUGUGAAAGCUGCCUCGCGGCCUGCCGGCCCGAGCGCGGCUCUCCUUCCCGGACACUCGUCAGGAGCAAUCAAUUGAAAAAAACGAGACGGUCGCCGUACAAAGCGCCGCCUCUUAUUAAAGAAAUCAAAAUGGCGGAAUCUGCACCGCCCACACCACCCGACAACAAUGCACCGCCCAUGCCCUGGUUCGGUAUGGACAUCGGGGGCACUCUCACCAAGCUCGUGUACUUCGAGCCCCGUGAGACGAACAGGCGGGAGCUGGACAAGGAGACGGAGAUAUUGAAGAAUAUAAGGAGAUAUUUAACGAGAAACUCGGCGUACGGUAAAACGGGGCGACGGGACGUCCAUUUACAGAUGGACAAUGUAACAAUCCGAGGUCGAAGAGGUACCCUCCACUUCAUCCGGUUCCCGACGAGUGAAGUCGGGGCGUUCCUGCAGCUCGCACGUUCCAAGGGAAUGGCGGCUCUCGUAAACACUAUAUACGCGACCGGCGGAGGCGCUUACAAAUUCGAAGAGGAUUUCAUUAAGGAAGUAAACAUGCGUCUGUCAAAACUGGACGAGCUCGACGCGCUCAUAGCUGGAGUACUGUUCGUGGACUCCAUGAACCCUCAGGAGUGUUACUACUGGGCGCCGCCCGAGCAGCCCACAAACAGCAAGGACACGCCAUACUUAGAACCAGCUCUGAGCCAGUACUCGAGGAAGCCGUUCGACUUCUCCAAUCCCUAUCCAUUUCUGCUGGUUAAUAUUGGCAGCGGCGUCUCCAUGUUGGUGGUGAACGCACCCAACGAUUACUACAGAGUUAGCGGUACCAGUCUCGGCGGUGGUACCUUCCUCGGUCUCUGCUGCUUGCUGGCCGGCUGCAGCAGCUUCGAGGAAGCGAUCGCUCUGGCGGCCUCCGGUGACAACACAACGGUGGACAAGCUGGUGCGGGACAUAUACGGGGGAGACUACGAGAGGUUUGGACUAAGGGGUGACUUGGUAGCUAGCAGCUUCGGCCACAUGUGCGCGGCGGAGCGGCGCGCGCGCGUGUCCCGCGAGGACCUGGCGCGCGCCACGCUCGUCACCAUCACCAACAACAUCGGCUCCAUCGCGCGCCUGUGCGCCUCCAACGAGCGCCUCGAGCGGGUGGUGUUCUGUGGCAAUUUCCUAAGAGUGAACCCGCUAUCCAUGAAGCUUCUCUCCUACGCGAUGUCCUACUGGUCGCGAGGUGCUCUGAAGGCGCUGUUCCUUGAACACGAGGGAUAUUUCGGAGCGGUCGGCUGUCUCCUACACUAUGACAGUAAAAACCAUAAACAAGAGAACGUAUCGCGACACGCGACCCCGCCGGACUGCAGGCACGCAGACAGAUGAGCCCAACUGUAUAUAUAUAUAUAUAUAUAUAUAUAUGUGUGUAUUGGUGUGUGAGGGAAUACACGUUUGUAUAGACCAGUUUGCAUUGACGAUGCUUUCAGCUUUACAAGUUUUAAAAUAUAAUGAAACGAUUAGGGAUGGGUCGUAUAAUCGAUAUAUUCGGUUGUUUUAUCGAGCAUUCGUUAUCGAUUUACGUUUUGACUAAAAUACUAGACAUUAUGUCGAAUGUUGGAUUCAAAAAUUGAAUCCAAUGUUGAAACAUUUUUCUGACUUGAUGGUAUGUGGUAAGCAUCGCCCAAAGUGGCACGGUACGAACUAUCCCUAACAUCGCCAAUGCGUCACCAAUCUUGGGAAUUAAGAUGUGACGUCUCUUGUGCCUGUAGUUACACUGGCUCAUCACCUUUCCAACCGAUACACAGUACCAAGUAUUGUUGCGAGGUUGUAGAAUAUUCCAGACGGUAUUAAAUAUACAUUGAAAACAUCAGGUCGUUCAAAGCUUCCGAUCUCUAACUCAUUAUAUAAUCAUUUUCCAAAGACAGUUCACUUUUGUCAUAAAUAUACAAAAUUUUAAUAUUGCGGCAUAGAUAAUACUCGUAUUUGAUAAAAUCUAAACUCGGUACAUCACUAGUAAUGUUUCACUUCCCCCCUUGAGUUGGACGAUUAACUUCCAAAUUUUUUUAUGUCUUUAAUACAUAGAGACGCUACACUAGUAUUAAAAAAAAGCUAAUUUUCUUCUAUGUCCUCUUUACUCUAUCUCCCUUCUACUAGCUUACUUAUAUAAGAGACGGUAGAUCUAACUAUAGUUCGGCUGCUGUGAGAAUGCGGUUCUGACGUCACGAUUAUAUGUCUAUUAUAUAACAGACAUAACCUUGUGACGACACGGUACGAUUUAAAAAAAAAAAUUUUUUUUUUAUUAAAAAAUAUUCGCAGGUUGAACAAAUAAACGAUAGUAAUAUUUUUGUCGUAGAUUCCUAUAUCACUUCGAACGAAAUCGUUUCUAUUGCCGGACUUAUAAAUUGUCCUACGUGAAGGUUGAAAACGUGUCAACGCGACACGACACGGAAAUAUCGAAUGUCCUUGUGUGUCGUUGUGUGUCUUUGUGCGUCCGUGUGUGUCCUUGAGGCCUACUUAGUCGCACUAUUGAGUCUGCUAAUGAACGCGACACAGAACUCUCUAAAUAUGUUUUGUUCUUGAAUAAAAUUAUUGUCAUCGUUGUCUAGUAAUAAUGCAGUUAACUCGAGUUAACAGAUAUCGAUAUGUAUCAGUGUUGCCAACAUCUGAAAGGCAUCCCCCCUAGCACCAUCUCGAAUUUGCCUCGCUCCCCCCUAACCGAUGAAUUGAAAUAAAUAGAAAAUACAUUUUUAUUAUUAUUUUAAAAAAGGCAGUGUACUGCAAGCAGCAGUAAACUUUAGAAGAGUUUAUCCAAAGAGAGAAUGUCUCUAAAAAAUUUUGCCCCUGAAAAUACCCGAUUCCAUGUAACUUCCUCCCAAAUUUAAGGGAAAAGCCCCCAAGUUGGCAACACUGAGAUGUAUAGAAUGAAAACAGCGCCGUCUAGUGACAAUAUCGGAAUUAUAUACAAAUCUAAGUUAACGUAAAUGCUAUCGAAUAAGUCGCACAAGGCAUUCUGAAUGGGACACGUGUAAUAAAGUUCGCAUUAUGUCGCAUCUCGUUUCUCAGCUAGGACAAGUGAUCGCUUCGUCUCGCUCACACUUUCCAAUACGUAUUUACUUCACAGCUAGACAGAAAACUUUAUCGCCUAUCUGCCUUACAAAUAAACAUUGUAUAUUAAUAGUUACACAAUGUUUCGUCAUCUUCUCUCGAAUGUCUCAUUAUUCAUGUCAGAAAGAGACAAAACGAUAUGUAACUUUAAUGUUUAUAAGUAAAGGCGACAAUUUCUAUUUAUUUUGCUAUAUUAUAAAUAUAAGAAGUGUUGUCAUAUCAUACUGCACAAAUUUCAAUACUUAUGCAUACUGGUACUUUUAUUUAUAUUUAAAUAAUUAUUUUACAAAAUCGCUCGUUAGUGCAAAUGUUUUUUUCGUUAUUGUAUUUUUUUUAUUAUUAUUUAUAAAUAGAACGCCUUGAAAGUUACAUUAUAUUAAUAAAAUAUAAGUAAAUAAUCAGUGUUUGUGCUAUCUUGUGAAGUACUUUUUUUUAAUAUUUUAGUACGGCAAACGAGCAAAUGAACUGGCAAUGCUCUGCCUUGAUAUUAAGGUCCAUUCUGCCUGUAAUUAUACCGGCUAACUCACCUUUCAAACCAGAACAGCAAUGCUGAUGUGUGGAUGGUAGUAACAUUGAUGGGCCUGCACAAUAACCACCGUGUCAAAUGUCUACAUGAGAAUUUAUGUACUUGCAGUUACGGAUGGUGUUUUGAAAAUAUUUAUAAAAUAUAAUACUGCUACGAGCUAUAAAGUUCAAAAAUAUUAAACUUUAUUAUUAAAUUUGUUAAAAUAUAAUGAAUAACACAUAUAUGUCUGCCCUGGGACUUUGUACGGGUGAAAAAACAUUUUUUUUUUUGUUAAAAAAUAUCACCGAUUACAAUCUAAACCAUCUAGGUACUCACAGACACAAAAAAAAACAGAUUCCAGUGGCAUACACCCACACAGAAGAAUUAUAUAUACAUAUAUAUUAUAAUUUCAGAUAGGACGGGGUUUCGGAAAGAUUAAAUAAAAUGGAGUAGGUAUCUAAGACGCUUCGUACAUACCUUUACGUUUUUAUGACUAGUACAGACAGACAAACAUUCUACGAAGACAUGAAACGCAAAUGAUUGGUAGAGUUAUAUAUGUUUUAUAUAUCUAAUAUCAUCUUUUAUAUAUUAAUAAAUAAUUAUUGUUAAACGUUUUGUGUAAACAAACAAUUAUUAUCGAAUACAUUUUGUUAUUGUAUAAAAAAGGAUAUUUUAUUAUUUUUUUUACUUUAAAUUUCUAAGUAAGUAUUUAAUUUGAUAGUAAUUUUAAUGUUUGUUAGAAAUAUGAUGUAAUAUUUAUAUAUAAUGCUUGCUUGAACGACGCAACAAUUAAAAGUAUUAUAAGGUUUUUAAACGCAAUAGCGACGUGUCAAAUUGCUAUGACGUUUCGCGCCAAAUUUAUAAAAAAAAGUUGACCUGUUACGUUUGAGGUAUAAGUUAUUUAUUCUAGAGAAUUUUGUAGUUCCAUAUUUUGUCUUACCCGCUUAAUAUAUAGAUAAAAUUUAGUUUCUCUGUAAUAUUAAAGGGGGUCAGCUGAUGUAUGGUAUAAGAGAGGUAAUUUUUAUUUUUAGUGUAUUGUACGGAACGAGGGGCUCUGUACGGGCUAUUUUGGACAUUUUGUAUAAUUAUUAUAAAUAAAAAAUGUAAUAUUA